AAACGACUGCAUCUUGAUAGCCCAAGAUGUAUAAUUUGUUGUAGUGAGUACAGGACAUUGGUACGUUGUCGAGCCUCCAUCUCGAACUGGGGUAACAGCAACAACAUCGUUUGUUUUCUUAGUAUUGAUGGCCUCCAUCACAGACUAUUGUUUUUCAGGCGUAUUGCAAGACAACUACUGAUCACAGAUCUGUGUUUGAUGUUUUUAUUUUUACCAGGGCUCUGAUACCAAUUGAGAGAAAUAAUGACAGAUCUAAAGCAUAGAAACAGUGUGUUUUUAUUGUGGAACUGCUGUCCAGAACAAUGUGCCCAUACAUAUAAAUAGAGGACUAAACAACACAACCAUUACAAAUAGACACAACAGUUUCUAACCAACACAUCUGUUGGAAACUGUCAUAAAACUGCCUGUAACUAAUGCUGUCGCUCUUGAAAUCCACGGAGACUUCUCCGACGUCUCCGGCCAAGGCUUCCGGUACUCGUUCCAAACUAUUCUCUAAUCUCUUCAAGGCGGAUGGUGUCGUCCUCAAGGAUCGACCACCGGAGAAAUCAUGUUUCAAGGGCUGUCCAUCCAUCUCUUUCUCUAAGGAAGAUGUAGAGCUUUUCUCCCGUCGGUUCAGAUUUGCUCUCAUCGGCAGAUUUAGACGUCGCCCUCCACUUUUAGUCUUGAGGAGUUUUCUUACCCGACUGGGACUUGUUGGGGGUUUCACGGUCGGAGAACUCAACUCUAAUGCAGUUCUUAUAAACUUUGAACAAGAUGAGGACUAUCAACGCUUCUUCCUCCGGAAAACCUGGACGCUGGGAAAGGAUAUCAUGGCGGUGAUUAAAUGGUCUCCAAACUUACAUCUGGAGGAGGACUCCCCUAUUGUUCUGGUCUGGAUCACUAUUCCCAACCUCCCUAUUCAUUUGCAUGAUCAGAAGGCACUCUUGUGCAUCACUUCAGCGUUGGGUAAACCCUUGAAAGUUGAUAACGCCACCCUUAACUUUGCUAGACCUAAAGCUGCUAGGGCCGCAAGUUCAUUUCAUUGGGUCAAAGGAGGUGCUUUUCUAGAUACCAAUGGCCUUGCCCAUUCCUCUUGUGAUCCUUCCAUUCCUGUGGUUGAGCUCACUUCUGGGCAGAAUGUUUCUCUUGAUUUGGAUUAUGAUGUUUUGAACUCAUGCACCUCAGAUCCCACAUCUAGUCAAAUUGGCAUGGACCUUCCUCUUUGUGAUCUCCAAGUGGAUAUCCCUGUCAAGAAGACUUCUUUUUCUGCUUCUCCCUCUCCUCAGAGAAUUCGUACACGUUCAGACUAUAAAAGGUCUGUUGAUGGGGUUUUCCAAGCCCUGAAAUGAUCUGCACUCUUUUUUGGAAUGUGAGGGGAGUCUCGAAGAGGUGCAAGAGACUCUCACAUUUAAAGAAGCACCAUUCUAUUGAUUUCCUUGUGCUUAUUGAACCUUUUGUUAAUGCUGAGAAGGGAAAUAACCUUGCCUUUAUGCUUGGCUUUAAUGGUUUUCUUUCUGUAGCUAAUAAUAAAAUUUGGUUCCUUUG